GCGGUCUUCCAAACUCCGAACCUUUAGCACUUGGUUGAAAUUUCACGCUAGAAGCCGCCUCAGGAUGUCUUCAUCACAUUUUAUUGCUCGCUACAGAAAGGAUUUAAGUUCUGAAAUGAUUAGAACUAAAAUUGCUCACAGAAAAUCACUAUCUCAGAAAGAAAACAGACAUAAGGAAUAUGAACGAAAUAGACACUUUGGUUUGAAAGAUGUCAACAUUCCAAUCUUGGAAGGGAGAAGUCUUCUUGAAUUAAAUGAGACAUAUCAAGAAUUUAUUCCACAAAAGACCCAUAGCAAGUCAAGGUCUCAGAAAAGUGUUGUAGGUGAUCUACGAAAACAAAUGCUCCAAAAAUACAAAGAAGAAAAGCAACUUCAAAAAUUGAAAGAGCAGAGAGAAAAAGCUAAACAAGGAGUAUUUAAAGUAGGACGUUUUAGACCUGAUAAGCCUAUUUUUCUUUUAUCAAACAAGAAUGUUGUGAAAACUGAACCAACAAAGGCUUUUCAAUCUUCUGUACUGAUUACAAGGUCAAAGGCCAAAGAGCAAAUGGAACAAACUAAGGUUAAUAAUGGGAGUGAUAUUCGAGCAAUCAGACCUGGACAAAGAAAAACUUCUGAAAAGAAAGUAUUGGAAAAAGACAAUAAAGUUGUACAACCAGUAGUGCCCACAUCCAUGAGAAUGACUCGAUCAGCUACUCAGGCGGCAAUGCAGAUUGUCAAAACAGUCACAUCCACUACAGCAAGAAAGCCGGUCACAAGAGCUACUAAUAAAGCAGAAAGUAAGUCACCAAAUAAAGGAAUACCUGCCCAAAAGAUAGAAUCUGACAAGGUCAUUUCUUUUAAAGUUGAUAGUAAAGAAAAUACAUUGCAUUCAACUACCAGUAGAACAGAUGGAACAGAUCUGGAUGGAGCCUUGUCAAAAAUGGAAAACUUACCUAAGACAAACACUGCAAAAACGAAAGGGAAGAAUUCCUUUGCACCAAAAGAUUUUAUGUUUCAGCCACUAGAUGGUCUAAAGACCUAUCAAGUAACACCUAUGACUCCCAGAAGUGCUGAUGCUUUCUUGACACCCAGUUACACGUGGACCCCUUUGAAGACAGAAGUUGAUAAGACUCAAGGAGCAGUAAAAGAAAUUUUGACACAAACAAGUAAAACUUACUCUACCAAGACAGUACAUCAAGAUUCAAGUAAAUCACAGUGUCCUUCAGUUUUUUUAAGAGUUUGCAAUAAAGAACCUGUCUUAAAUAAAAGUGAAACAACUAAAAGCUCAAAUGGCCUCCCAAUCAAAGGAGACUCGUCACUUCAAACAAAUGAAGAACAUAUACCUCAGCCACAACAUGAUGUGCCAUAUUUCAGAAAUGUUCUCCAGUCAGAAACUGAGAAAUUAACUUCACACUGCCUUGAGUGGGACAAGAAACUUCAGUUGGAUAUUCCAGAUGAUGCUAAAGAUCUUAUUCGCACAGCAGUUGGUCAAACAAGACUUCUUAUGAAGGAAAGGUUCAAACAGUUUGAGGGACUGGUGGACAAUUGUGAAUAUAAAAGAGGUGAAAAAGAAACUACCUGUACAGAUCUGGACGGAUUUUGGGAUAUGGUUAGUUUUCAGGUAGAAGAUGUAAACCAAAAAUUUAGCAAUCUGGCCAAACUUGAAGAAUCUGGAUGGCAAAACACUGAUAAUACAAGCAAAAAUGUCUUUCGGAAAAAAGUUGUCUCAGGUAUAGCGAGUAAACCCAAACAAAAUGAUGGUGGAAGAAUUGCAGCAAGAAAUCGCCUUGCUGCCAUAAAAAAUGCAAUGAAAGAGCGAAUUAAGCAGGAAGAACUUGCUGCCUCAGCAGACUCAGCAAUGCCAAAAGAAGUCGAUAAAAUAGUGUUUGAUGCCGGAUUUUUCAGAGUUGAAAGUCCUGUUAAAUCAUUUUCAGGGCUUUCUAUCUCUUCUGAAUGUCUGUCUCAAAGACUUACAACACCUAAAUCUGUCAACAAAGCUGUAUUUGAGAACAAGGCUGAUGAGACGGACCUUCCAAAACAAACUGUGUCACCAGAGAAUCCUAAACCACAGAAUUCCAAAAACAAAUGUGUUAAGACUCUCCUAUCAACUAUUCCUGAAAACAGUAACAGCAUAGAAGAAGGUGCUCAGUGUCUUGGAUUGCAAGUUUUAACUGAAGUAAACCAUGAUGGAAACAUAAGUGACAUAUACUUUGAAAGGAGUCGUUUAUCCAGUGAAAGAAUGAAUUUGUCCCUAUUUGCCAGUGAAGUAACAUAUAAUAUUAAUGCUAAUAAAAAGGAAGAAAUUUCAGAUGCUGUGGAAGGAAUGGAACUAAAUUCAUCAGUUAUAUCACAGGAUGUUUUCAUGAUUAGCCCUGAAAAAAAUACAUUACUACAAGGUAACACUUCACAGGAAGAAGAAACUAAAAUUUCUCAGUCAGUACCAUUUGAUAAUAAAAGUCUCACUACUGAAUAUCAUCUUCUUGAUUCUCCUGGCCUAGGUACUGCAGGGAUCCAUUCACAAGUGGAGAAGAGGCAUCGGGAAUGUGCCAGACAUGUUUCUUUUGGUGGUAACCUGAUUACCUUUUCACCUCUCAGGCCCCUCAAUGGAGAAAAAUUAGAAGAACUUUGAAUUUAAAAUCAAACAUCUUUAUUCAUGUGUUUUCUUCAUAAUUCUGUGAUAUAUUCUUAGACU